UUUUUGUUGAUGGUGGUAAUAUUCAUAAAGAUUGUUACGUUUUGAUUUAUUUUGUUCAGGUGAUUAUUUUUUUGCGUACAAUUUUCGAAACAAUUUUAAUUUGAUUUUGAAAAAAAAAUUUAUAAUCAUGGCUACAUUUACCAUAUUGAAUCCAGAUCAAAUUGAUGCUGAUGAUUCAUCAUCAGAUGAAUAUUAUGGUAAUGAUUUUGUUAUGUAUAAAGAUCGUGAAGAUUGGGCUGAUAUUGAACCGGUUAAACAGAAUGAUGGUCAUCAUGCAAUUGUAUCGAUUAGUUAUCUUCCACAAUAUGAAGAUACAUAUAAUUAUUUUCGUGCUAUAAUGGCUAAAGAAGAAAUUAGUGAACGUGCAUUACAAUUAACCGAAGAUUGUAUUCGUUUCAAUCCAACCAAUUAUACUGUUUGGCAUUAUCGUCGUAUAUUGUUGGAACGUUUGAAAAAAGAUCCAAUCGAUGAAUUGAAUUAUAUUCAUCGAAUUAUAUUGAAAAAUCCAAAAAAUUAUCAAGUUUGGGAACAUCAAAAAUUUAUGUUACGAAAAAUUCGUGAAAAAAUUGAACGAAAUGAAUUCGAUGGAAAAUUAACUAUCGAAGAUGUUUGUCAAAAAUUUAAACAAUUUAUUGAUAAAGUACUUCAUUAUGAUGAUUCAAAAAAUUAUCAUGCAUGGCAACAACGACAAUGGUUUAUUCGUGAUUGGAAAAAAUUUGAUGGUGAAAUUGAUUUUACCGAAAAAAUGAUUGAUCAUGAUAUACGUAAUAAUUCGGCAUGGAAUCAUCGAUUUUUUGUCAUUAAAAAUACAACCGGUUUUUCAUUCGAUAUAAUCAAACAAGAAUGUGAAUAUACAAUGGAAAAAAAUCGUUUAGCACCAAAUAAUGAAUCAAGUUGGAAUUAUUUAUUUGGCCUUAUCAAACAAUCCGAUACAAAAAUUGAAUCAUUCGAAUGGAUUUUGGAUGAAUGUCAAACAAUGUAUAAUGAACAAACGGAUAAAACAUUAUGUUCACCGCAUUUAGUUUAUUUUAUGUUUCGUUUUUUAACAUUAAAAAUGGAAUCAUUAAUCGAAAAUGAUGAUGGCGGUGAUAAUGAUAAAAAUUCUGAAACAAUGAAAUCAUUAUAUGAACAAGCGGUUGAUUAUUGUGAAAAAUUGGCCAAAUCGAUUGAUACUGUACGAAAAAAUUAUUGGAAUUAUCAAUUGGAACAGUUGAAAAAAUUUUAUGCAUCAUAAACA